GGGGAAGAGCGAGUUAUGCUAGAGGCCUGGCUAAGCAUGAGUCUAAGCAUGGGAAAAAUUCGAAGGAAAUGAAGAGGUGGAAGAAAGCUCUUCUCGACGCCGGUAGCUUGUCCGGGUGGACUUUGAAUGAUGGAGAUGAGUCAGAGUUUAUACAAAAUAUUGUGGAGAAAAUCUCAAUUGACCUAGACCGAACACCUUUGCAUGUUGCUAAGCAUCCGGUUGGGAUAGAGUCCCGAAUGAUUAAGCUGAAAUCGCUGUUAAACAUGGAGUCCGAUGAUAAAGUUGUCAUGGUGGGAUUAUGGGGACAAGGAGGCAUAGGAAAGACAACUUUAGCAAAAGCCCUUUACAAUGCUAUGUUUAGACAAUUUGAGCAUUCAUGUUUUUCGGCAAAUGUUCGAGAAACUUCAAAAGGCACCAGGGGCUUAGCUACUUUGCAAGAAAUAUUACUAAAUGAUAUAUUAUUAUCGGCAAAAAGAUUGGAAGUGUCCAAUGUCGAUGGAGGUAUUAAUCAAAUACAACACGGACUUGGUCACAAAAAAGUUCUUGUCAUCCUUGAUGAUGUGAGUGACUUGUGCCAAUUACAUGCCUUAGUAGGAGAAGGCAACUGGUUUGGUAAUGGAAGUAGGAUUAUAAUCACUACAAGAGAUAAACAGUUGCUAACUCGGUCAAUAUCAUGUGUAUGAAGUUGAAGAACUGGA